AUGGCGUGGCUUAUUCAUUCUAUGGAGGAUCACAUUGCUGAUACCUAUAUUUUAUUCCCGACGGCGAAAAGUAUUUGGGAUGCCGUCUCUCUUGCUUACUCAGAUCUGCAGAACUCGUCUCAAAUGUUUGAAUUGAGAACUCGUGCUCGCAAUCUCCGACAGGGGGAGAAUGAUGUUACUCAGUAUUAUACUGAGCUGACAAAACUCUGGCAGGAGUUGGAUCUAUUUAUCACUCGACCGUGGAAAAGCACGGACGAUGCCGUUGCCGAUCGCACCUAUGAUUUCCUGGCUGGCCUGAAUCCAGAGCUUGAUGAUGUCCGCAGUCGUUUGAUUGCAUUGAAGCCAUUGCCGAAUAUUGGCGAAAUCUUUGCAGAAAUCCGACAUGAAGAACAUCGUAGGAGAGUGAUGCUUGGCAAUUUUUCGAAGACUGUUCAAACUACACCUUCCACCGACUCGUAUGGUUUGGUGACUUGUGGUUUGGACUCUCGUACAGAUGCGCGAGGCUUGAAGAAAUGGUGCGAUCAUUGCAAAAAACCAUACCACACUCGAGAGACAUGUUGGAAACUUCACGGUAAGCCUGCUGUCUGGACUCCAAAUCGUGCUAAAGGACGUGAUGGAAAAGGGAUGCAGGUUUCAUCCGACGUAGUGGCAGAUAAUCAACUUGGCACAACCUUCUCAAAGGAGCAGUUAGAUCAACUUUGA